ACGGAAUAUUUCCGUUUUGUAGGUGUUCGUUUUUCUAUGUUCUCAACAGUGACGCUACCAAGCUUCGAUGUUGCAGUGAAGCUUCGAGAACGUCAUUACACAUCCAACAUUGGAAGAAUGAAGUAGUCGCGCUCCUCGAACACUAUAAUAUUCAAGAUGGCUACGGAUCAGCAAUUUUGUCUUCGUUGGAACAACCAUCAAAGUACUUUGAUCUCAGUGUUCGAUGCCUUGUUGGAGAAUGGAACUCUAGUCGACUGUACGCUUGCUGCAGAGGGCCAGUACCUGAAAGCGCACAAAGUGGUCCUGUCAGCAUGCAGUCCCUACUUUGAGACUUUACUGAGCCAACACUACGAGAAGCACCCCAUAGUCAUCCUAAAGGAUGUAAAGUUUACGGAGCUCAAGUCCAUGAUGGACUACAUGUACAGGGGGGAAGUGAACAUCUCCCAAGACCAACUGGGAACUUUCCUCAAGGCGGCGGAGUCGCUGCAGAUCAAGGGACUCUCGGACAAUGGAGAUGAUGCAAGAGAUGUAGGGUCAACAGCUCCUAAAAGACAAGACAGCACACCUUCUACCCGGCCCUCAGUUACCCAAGUUCGUACCCCUGCCGAAGCGAAGAGGCCUGCCCCACCAGGAGACCUUUCGGAUGCCUCAAGAGACGGAAGUAUCUCUCCCUCAUCUUUGAGGAAGAGGCGGAGAACGAGAAGGCCAUCUCAGGGUGACGACCCUGACCUGGAUGCCACAAGCAACUGUGAUCUUCCCCCUGCUCAAUCCACCCCAGUUCCUAAUACUACCAUUGUGCCGACCCCGGUCCAAAGCCUGCCGAAACCAGUAGUGAAGCAAGAACAGCCCAGUACGAUCAGCAGGUUAGACACCACCUUGCCGGAAACUGUUAAAAAGGAAAUCAUCGAACCGCCCAGUGAACCCCUCCUUGAACCAAAGACUGAAUACCUGGACUACAUGAAUAAUGAAAACAGCAUCGAAGUGGAGGACCUCACCUUGGAUGAUGACGAUGAAGAACUGGACACCUCUAUGGACAAUUCACGGCCGGGACCAUCACACGGAGACAUGUCAAACCAAGGUUACCCUCCUUGGUCAAUGGGCGAUCAAUCUGGUACGGACGAGAUAUUCAUGGCAGCACAGGAAGCAGUAGGAGCAGCAACAGCAGCACAACAACAAAGGGACUCACAAGGUAGGCACAAGUGGUCGACUAGUACGUACUCGCAUGGCAUUGGUAACUACCCUCGAUAUGUGAGCCCAGACUAUCUGGGUGUUACUGGUGUCAUGUUUAUAUAGAAUCAGAGUCAAAUCGUGAAUAUUUCCAAAAUUUUAACACAACUGAAUAAUUAAUGGUUUUUAAAAAUUUAACCAGCAAAUGCAGAAUCACCUUAAUAUUUUUGUCCAUUAAUUGUUUUGACUCUGUUUUAGACUACUAAUCUAAUUUUGCAAUUAUUGUCAAAAAUUCUAUAUCCCAUUAAAAAUAUUUCAAUUUCUAUUAAGGCAAGCUGUCUGGGUUUCAUUAAUGGGCUACAUUCUAAUAAUCCAGAUUUGGUUGUCACUAUUGCAAAAUUGGUAUCUUAGCUUUAAAUUAUUGCUAUAAAGUAGACGAAGGAGUUAGUAGGAUAUGGUUUAGUUGAACAUAUCAGACUAGUUAAAAUUCUUUUUUAACUAUCAAAUUUAAUAUCAUUUUUAUGACUAUUACCAUUAUUUUUAUUACAGAGUUGUUCAAUCAAGCCUUUUCCCUAUUUUCUCCUUAGUCUUAGAAUUAAGUUAAAGUGUUGAAUAGAAUAAGGAUAUCUAUCUCUUAUCUUAAUAUAAUUAUUAAAUUGUAAAGUUUAUCCCAGGAUGGAGGUAAGUGGUCACUGAAGGAAUGGCUGACACAUGCAGAUUUGUGUGUGUUGUGCCUUCCAUUAAAUAUAGUAAUGACUUUCAUUUUUUAUUCAAAGGUAGUUAGGAUUUAAAUUAAGUUAGGUUAACAUAGAUUAAGUAGUUAUCAGUCUUUCAUAUUUUAUCAUUGUACUCGUAAAUAUUUCAAGUUCUUCUGUUAAACUUGUUGAUCUCAGAUGAAUUUAUUUGCGUUGAAGUCUAUUACUUUCAAAGUUUCAUAAAUGCAUUAAUUUAUUAUUGAAGUAAUUUAUGAUGUAAUAAAUAGUUAUAAUUAGUACUUUUUCAACUUAAAUAAUUUAUGCAAACAUUAGUUAAUCUAAAUCUUUUAGCCAAAUAUUUAACUAGCGAGUUACAAAUGGCUCAAGAAUGGUCUUUAGAAUCCAUUGUUAAAUUUUACACCUUGAUUAAUACAAGCUUCAACUCUUGUUCAAUUUUGUAAUUGUGGAACUUGAUACUCAAAAUUGUAAUUUUAUUGAAUCUUGAUUCAAACUUUAGGGAUGUAAAUAUUGAUUUAAAUUUAAACUUAAUUACUUUAAUUCAAACUUCAAAUUACUUAAAUUUAAACUUGCUUAAAUUCAACUUGUAAUUUAAACUUUUACUUAAAUUCAACUUUAUAAUUACUUAAAUUCAAAUUUUAAAUGACAAAUAACUAAACUUCCAUCUGGUCUCUCAAGUUCUGGAUGAAGAAAGAAAAGGUGGGUAUAUGAUUUAAAGUAAGUAAACUAAAAGUUGUGCAAGUUUAACUAUUAUUUAAAAACCAUUCAAUCUGGUUCUAGUUAUAUUCCAUUUAACCAGCUACUUCAGUGUACUAAGCUAGCAAUAUUUAGUGUUACAAAAACCUAAAUUUGUGUCAAGUCUGGUUAUGAGAUAUUUUAAUUCUAAAUAAUUAAUCUUGCACUUGGAUUUUUAUUUAGUUUUAAGUUAAAUAACCAACUGAGCCUUUUGUUUAAAUGUUAUUUAAAGAUAUCUUGUCUAAUAAUAUCAUGUGGUGGCUUACUUUAAAAAGGUGUUAUCCAAUAUCGAGUCUCACAAAACAAGCAUGUUUUUUUAGUAUGUUCAACACAUGAUAUAGCAUUGGUGAUUUAUGUAUCCAAGUGAUUUUGUAAGAUUGUUGAGAUGUAUUCAUACAUCUUUACUAAGAUGGUUCAGAUGGUUAUUAAUACAUUUUUUUAGUAUAUACUAAAUGAGGUAUUUAAUGGUUUCACAGUUAAGCUUUUUAGUCAAUUAUAAAAUUGGUCGGGUUCAUGGUGAAAAUAUUAAAGCUACCUAAUUAAUAUAACUAAAGUAAAACAUAUUAAAGGAAAACUAAUUAAAAGUUACUAUUACGAUUUAUAAUUAAGGAUUUAAACAACAAUUUUUCAACCAAAUGGUUACAAAAAUCCUUGUGAAGCUUUAAAUUUUUAUGAACGACUUAAUUUGGAGGUUUGGCUCGUGUUAGUUAAAAAUUUUAGAUGAAUUUUUUCGUCAACAUUUUGUGAGUGCAAGACUUGCUUUUGAAAUGCAGUAAGUCUAAAGCAACCAAUUAUGAAAGUAUUUAAACUGUUUUCGACUCCAUAUAAUUUGGACAAAACGGACCAUAUUCCUUUGGCAAGUUUGGAAUGUUUGGAGCAUGUCCUGGAAAGGAGUUUGAAGACUCAAGAUACACCUUGUAGGCAAGUAUUGGUAAAGGUAAUCGGUAAAGGUAACAUCAGUUAAGUAUGAUUCUUUUUUAUUAAAUUUUAUUGAUAGUUGUAUCACAGGAGUUGACAGUUAGCACAGGAGAUUGCUUUUUUUAUGAAGAAGUUAAGUCUAAAAAUGUUCAAUACAAAGUCAGCAAUUCUCCUUUGCUAAAGAAUACUAGUUUUGUUGAGAGAUCAGUUGUGGGAAAAAGUGGAGGUCAAAGAGUAUUUUGCAGAUUUUGGGGGAUCUCAUUUCAAUAAUGGACAAAAAAUUUUUGAAGUGUCAUUAUUUUAAGGAUCAAGAACUAAAAAAAGUUCCCAGUAAAUUGUUGUAAGUGAAUAAACAAAAGCUUAUGGGUGUUUAUUACAUAUACAAUGCUGCAGCUUUUCAACUCAUUUUUGUGCCAUACUUCACAAGUACACCAAAACAUUGUUUAACUACAAAUGUUGUGAGUUGUAGUAAGUGUGAAAUGUCUUUCAAACUGCUUGCAAGUUAAUAAAUAUGGGUUGGUAUUUUAAGUCUUCCUAUGCACAAAACAAAUAAAACGGUACCAACAGAAUAUAUUGAACAUAAAGACCAGCUUUCUCUCUCGGCUUUUUUCUGUCAAGAACAUGUUAAUUUAUCAACUUGGGUUGACUAAAAUAUCAAAGUGAUUACAUGGUAAAGAAGUUACAUAAAGUUAAACAAAUUCAUGAAAUUUGGGGGGAGGGGAGAGUGCUGUGGGACCAAUACUCCAAAUUCCCAACAACACUAUUGUUACAAGUAGGCACCUAAGAUGACAUAUAAAGCAUACAUUGUUAUAUUGAUUCCACAACCCCAGAAAUUUAUUCUGCAUAGUCUUUCUGAGAUUCAUGUAAUAUAUUUAUAUAUAUAUUUUUUUUAUGUUUACUUGAUCCAUUACAUUACAGAUAUGUAAUUCAAUCUGGCUGUUCAAUCAUACUAGAAAAAGUUUUACAAAAGAAUUGUUGGAAACAAUUUUUCCACUAGGAGGUAAUGGCGGCUUAAUUUGAGUAAUUCUAUUUUGGGACAAGUAAAAUAUAUCCUCCUUUCUUGGAGAAGGACCUAAUUUUGGUAAUAAAUAUAAUUGUAGUCACACAGUGGAGAGAGCAUAGUACACCUCACUCCGUAGUUUUUUUUUUUUUUUAGAUUUAAAAGGUCAGAAUGAGACUCUAAUUCUGGAUAGUGUUCAUUUUUGAUUUGUCUCAAGAUUACCGAAAUUAAAUAUUGUGUUAUUACCAAUUAUCUUGGCGUACACCACAAUGCACUUUUGUUAGGAUGGCAUUUUGGGUAAGGGAGUUUUCGUCGAAGAAAGAAGGUUUUGUCAUCGGUUUCUUCAUUCGGCGAAGUUCGACGAAGUCUACAGUUAGAAUUAAGAUAUCUCAAUUCAAUCCUUUUUCUAUAGCACUUGUGCUCAGUGUUUAUAGCAGAAUGAUUGAAUUUGUUGCUAGGUAAGUAUAUUUUAAAAUUGCAAAAAUAAAAAUAUUGUGAACUCUCAAUGUAAGAACUUUGCUAAUGCACAUCUUUCGGGAGGUUGUAUGUACACUCGACAAUUGCCGAGUACAGUACUAAGAAGAAAUAUUUUAAAUUUACCAGAUUAUUUACCAAAUUACCAGAACACCCAACAAGUUGGUGCACUAAUACAAAAAUUGUUCCUGCACAAAUUUCAAUUUGCAACAGUGGUGCAGUAAAGCAAAUAAAUUUUGGAACUGAUUGCAAAAAUAUCCUUAGUUCACCAAAAUUGUAAGGUUUCUCAUUGCAAUGCUUUGUACACGAGUGCUCCAUUAGGUAGGCCGAGUGUCUAGUUGUAUCAAUGAACAUUUGCUUUUAAAGCUCUGUACAUUUCUUUGAGUAUAAAAUGGUAUUUCUCAUCACAAUGGUAGUCGUCCUAAUUUUUAAAAUGCUAGUUAUUCUAUUGGUUAUAUUCUGAUAGGUGGUUACUCACGUAAUUGAUUUAGUAAACCGAUUUUUGGAGGGGGAGGGGGUACAAAACCCCCAAUUGAAACUAGUAAUUAAACAAUAUCUGUGCCGAUUUUGCUAUAAUCUAAAAAGCAUUUUCCAGGCAUAGACUAGGUUCGAUCCCAUUCAUGCCUGACAAUUGGCAUGAUACCUGCAUUAUCUGGUAAAAUUAAUAAAAUUGUAUCAAUUUCGUAUUAAAAAGUUGGAAGCUUGUCUCGAGCGGCUAAUUUGAUCUAAGUUUGUUGCCAAUCUUGUAUUAUGUAUGGUGAUACUAAGAAAAAAACAAAUUUAAAAAAAGACCCUUUGAUGCACAUUCCACUAUUUCAAAAAUUGAUUCUUAAAACAACGUUUUAAAACUAGAGAAAUUUGUCAUUUCGUAGCAAAUAUUGGAUGAUUGUUCACAAUUACGGUCCUGAAGAAAGGUACUUUAUGAAUUUGUUGGACGAAUUCUUGCGCAAGCUGUUUAUGCCAAGUUAAGUGGAUUAAAUGCCAAGCCUAGUUAAAUUUGCUGGAAGCAGUGAAUUUUUCAAUUCUUAAUAUCAGUUGGAAACUGCUACUAGUGUACAUCUCAGUUUGCUGUAAAUGUAAGUAUCAAGCUCCUUGGGCGUUAUGGACUUUUCAAAUAUAACUACUGUUAGAAUGAGGGAUUACCAUCUAUUCAUGUUAGCGAAGUACAAUUUGGCAAUUGACGCAAAUUGUGAAUCAAGUCUGAUUAUUUUUGCAAUUACCAGUUCAUAGCGCAAGGUUUUCUUGAAUUUGUAAACUCUUGGCCACGAAGGGUUGCAUUGACCAUUGACAUUUUAAAUGCAAGGAAAUGGCCGUUUGUGUUUGAUACAGGUGCAUUUUUCAGUGAUAUCUGUUUGAAUCGCACCGGUUAAUUUCCUGUAAUAGGUUAAGACUAGUGUUCAAAAAUUUCAAACUAGACUAAAAUUGUCGGUUAACUUGAGAAAGUACUCUUAUAUAGGGUCACUUUCGGUGACAAUUUGUGACUGGAAAAAUUUCGUGCGGGAAACUAGUCUGGCGAACGUUUCACUCAAUUCAAAUUUUUUAAUUGCGGCAGACAAUUUUUUACAAUUGCAUGCAAAGUUUUGUGUCAAACCAUAAAUUUUUAUCAAAGUGCAAUUGAGCAAAGUGGUAUAAGUCACACUUCCAUAGUUUUAAGAAAAAUGGACAUAAGAAACAAUUUUGCAAAUCUGGGGAGGGAGGACAUUUUUCUUUUGAAAUAUUAAAGUAGAGGAAUAGUUGGCCUGUCUGUUGAUGUGUACUUCACCACCAUUGAUUUUUAUAUAUAUAUAUAUAUAUAUAUAUAUAUAAAAAUCUCACUUUUUGUCAAAAUAAUGACUUGUGCGAUUUUUGCUUAAAAAAUAUUGAGAAUUAAAUGUAAAAUAAGAACAAUACCUCAUUUGAACACUGCUUUUAAUGGCACAAUUUGGUUAUAAAUAAUUAGAAUAAGACACGUUAAAAAACAUAAAAAAGAAAAAUUAAAAUUAUUCAAGAUUUAUUCAUCAUCUUCUGCCUCCGACUCGAUUCACAAUGGGGUUAUCAUAGUUUUCAGUUCCGUCGGUUAAGGAGUUGGUGAACUGGUGGGAUGAAUUUGAGCAGGUCCAUCAUAUCCCUUUUCUUUAAGGCUGUAACUUUUCGUGGAGAACUAAAAAGUGGCUCUAUAAGUACUCUGUUUAGAUUUGUUAGUCGACCACCUUUUUUGGCUGGUGCUAUGUUCAAUGUAAGGAAGGGCAAGUCAUUGAGGGAUUCUUUAUAGAAUAUCUUAAAAGGUUGUUCCUUGACAUAUCUUGGCCACUGUAUAUUAAACCAAGAAACUUUAUCGGUCUGUUCAUUCGUCUUUCUUGUUAUGGAUUUUUCCAAUGAACUUGUAGAAAACGUCUCUGUCUGCUCCAUAACUUUUACCACAUACGGUUUUUUUCCUUUUGAUUUUAGAAUGGCAUACCAAUCAUCAGGAACAUAGAUUGUUUUCCCUUUUACAAAACUCUACAACACCAAAGUCUGCAUCGUUUGGGAGGAACGAGUGGCCGCUGACCAUAAAUUUGUGGUCGACAGUCUUUAUUGUGCUUUCCGAACUUUGUAUGUGGUGCAUUACUGCAAGCGACAUUUUGAUGUUGCGAUUCUCACCACCACAAUUAUCACUAAACAUUACAACGUGUUCUAUGUGGUUGGCUGACGAUCUGUUUCUCUAAUGUUCAAUGACACGUGAAGCAAUUUCCUGGGAGCCUCUUGAAGCUGUGACUUUAUUCCAAACGUACAUGUAUCCAGAAUUUGUGGAUAGAUCAUGGCAACCUAGAUUAUAGACAUACAUAUUCCUUUUAUAGUAUGCUGUUGAACAACUUAGAAUCGGAAAUGGCAGAGCUUUUUGCGGAUCAAAGGAGAAUGCGUACAUUGUAGAAUUUGUCUUGCACUCCUCCUUGGCAUCUUUUAAUUUUUGCCUUGCAAGAUCUGCCUUACGAAGAUGCAAUUCAUGUAUGGUAGAGUGUUUUUCUUCUGCGUUCACGUACACUUCUAUUUUCAUCUUGUAGAUAUCACACUUAACACAAGUAUCUUUCCUUGGGUAAUAAAAACUUAAAUUAAAUUCGAAAUUGAACACUCGACGAUAAAUGUCUUCACUUACUGGUUCAGCAUUUAUGUUUGAGCAGUGCUCCUUGUACAAAGUAUACAUUUGGGUAAUGUUCAAACCUUCUGAAAGGUAUUUCUUGUUGGUAUUGUGCGCUCUUGUAUAAUUAGUAUUAGUAAUUGUAUCAUUAGAAGGAAAAGAGUCUAUAUGUUUGCGAACAAUAUCUAAUCGAGAUUCUUCAAUUUUGUUUUUGGAAGGUCUUUUACCUCGCAGAUCAUUACCUGGAUAUUUCCCAUCUCUAACUUUUUUUGAGCUCUAAAAAUCCUGCAAUCUGAAACUAAGAAAGUUUGUUUAAAAUACUCUUUGCAGACAUUGAUGUUUUUUUUCUGGCAACUGCAGAUAAUACUUAAAAGUCGUACUUUUUAUCCCUCGACUGCCGUCUCUAGGUCUAUGCACUUUUGGAGUAGAUCGCUGACAUAAACCAGUAAGGUAAGCAUUUUGAACUUGAAAAUUUCCCAUCGCAUAAAACCUUUCGAACAUACCUUGUCUUUGCUCUUCAGUAAUUGCAUCACUACAUUUUAAUUUACAUGUGCAAGGUAUGUUUGAAAAUGUCUUCUUUUCAACUUUUUCCCUGUAGAAGUAAAAUAUUCCUUACCCGAGUUUCGUUUCAAUUUAUGAAGCGUUUUCGUUUUUACAUUUCUCUUGCGUUUGCGAGAUUUAUUUUGAUUGGCAUUCAAAGGUUCUGGUUCUUCAUCCGAGGUCCCAUCAGUACUGUGUUUUCUCUGUAUCUCAUCAACUGCAUUACGAGGAUCUGGAUCUGAAACAAUAACAAACUAAUUGAAACUCUCUCAACAAAAUUGUAGGUCUAGAAGUAAAAUUUGGACUCAGUUGGUAGUAGGUCUAAUUACAAUCCUCAGUAAAUACCGUUAGGCAUACUCAAAUUUAACUUGAAUGUAAAAGUAAAGUCACACUGUAGGCAUAGGUUACCCAUUUUGAUACACAGUAGGUUGUUGAAACACUCUCCCAAAAUUAUUAGAUGUAGAUUUUUUCACUUUACAUCUACAAAGCCCUUAUCUUAUGUUAAGAAUGUUAAUUGGUCUGUUUAGUAUUCAACCUUUUACAAUAAUAUGUAGAAUAGGGUAUUGAGUUAAUUAUUGAAGGUUAUGAUUUCAACACUUACCUUGAUUUUCCUCUUCUGAAGGCACAUAUUCAGAGCCAGAGUCUUUUAACAAUGAUUGUACACUGUCAGAAUCACUUAUUUCUUCUAUUUAAAUAAAAUUAACCUCUGCAUAUACAAAUAAAACUUUAAAAAGUAUCAAAACAUAACAUUCACUUGUUCAACACAACUACCAAAUUGAGGAGCAAACAUUCAAAAGGUGAUUUCUCGCUCUGAUGCAAUUUUACAGGAAACCAAAAAAACCUAUAGAAACUCAGAAACCUUGAUUUUUUUUUAUUUAUUAUUAUAGAUGGUCCGUAGAUAAUCAAUAGACAUGUCACAGAUGUUAGCCUCAAAACAAACUAGUUAAAUGCAUUUUAAUUUUGGAUAAAUCCCCUUUUGACCGAAACUCGAGGAGAAAACACGUUUUGAUUGAAUAUCAAUGGGAUAAAACACUUUUUGAAUGGUAUUGAUUGAAACUCAGACAAAUGAUACAAAAUCAGUGGUUUAUUUGAAAUUGAUACAUGAACAGGUUUAGGUCGAUUGAAAAGUAAAAUAGUAGCCUACAUUGUUGUCUACAGUUUGUUCUGGAACCUGCAUCAUCAGAUCCUUAGCCCAAUAUCAUUGUCCAGACAGUCACACACUUCUUCCUCUUCGUCAUUGCCGUCUGGUAAAUCGUACAAGAUUGUCUUGUACCAUUUAAAAGCGUUUUCAGGUUCAUUUUGCCAAUCUUCCCCAUACAAAAGUUUCAGCAGUUUCUCCACAUCUUUUUUCUUUUCAGCUGAAAUAUGAUGACUGAGUGGUAAAGGUUCCAAGACCGUUUUCUUGAUAUUAGAAAGUUUGACACCUUUUUUCAGAAGUUUAAUCCCAAGUUGUUCACUUUCAUCCUCAAACCUAUAGUUUUUGAAGCUAUUGACCUUUAAACUUCCUUGGGAUCUCUCAAAAGCAAUCCGCUUCAAUUCUGAAAUGUAUGGGAGAUUUUUGAAGAGCACGCUACGUGAUUUUGUGUUUAAAAGUUCCCAAUCAACAUCCAAAACUUUCACAUCCCCAAUAAUCUUGUAUAUUUCAUAAUAUUGCUCCUUGUAUAUUAAUGUAACAUUUUUUCUCAGGACUUUUUCAACCCUACCGAAAACACGGUCUGCUGGUAGAAAACUGUGUCCUCUCACUGGGAAGUAAAACUUAAUCUCAUUAACACUUGAAUUGGACGUAUACAAAAAAUGCAAAAGCAUGUGAAGGUUGAUGUUAUUUUUAUUCUGGUAGAUGCAGCCAUCACAAAAUAAUCUCAAAGUUUUUAUACCUUCUAAGUUCAUUGUUUUGAGGUGGCUAUAGAGAGCUGAUGAAAUUUCAGUACUACCUUUUCUUGCCUGUUCUUCAGACCAAGUGUAAAAAGUUGAAUUUUUACCAUCUAAGCUUGUUACACAUAAGCUAUAAAAGUUCAACUGCCUUAGAUAAUAUGCAUCUUGGAUGUUUAUAUCUAAACAUAAAUUCAUAACUGAUUCAUCAGUGUUUUCUUUCAUGAACGAAUAAAAUGAGUUCGCCCUUAGCUUAUGGAUUCUUUUUUCAGUCAUACGGUUUACACGUUCGGCAGAUAACAUUGGUAAACUUUUUAUUUUCUGAUCAAGUAGUGCACAAGUGCUACACACAUCACUUGAUAGAGAUUUAAAGCCAAUGUUGAAUUCAUUGACGAAUAAUCUCCUAAACAUAGCAAAACUGACUUUGUACUGGUCAUUGUUAACUACUUGGUCAAUAUACAUUUGGUGCAACUUCUUUAUACUUAAUCUACAAUUUAAGUACAGACGUUUAGACUUUUUUCUUCCAUAGUGACUUUCACAUGCCCUCAAGUUAGAAAUAAAAUCUCUUACUUUAUUUUUC